ACCACAUUGAAGUAACGUCACCUAAUGUUAAUCAUGAUUCAUUCUCGCACAUUAAUUAAUAUUUUACGGGGCAAAUACAACGAGAAAUCGGAUAAAUUAGUGAAAUUCUUUCAACUGAGAAACGUGCAUGAAAUGAGCAGCAAUAUUUCAACAUUCUUUCCCAGGCCCCACUAUGUUUGUAAUGAUCGUGGAAAUGGCUCUUACUGCAGUGUCAUACGGCCUACACAUUUAUUUUGCAAUACUUCUCAUUUUUCUCAGUGUUAUGAUGUUUAUUCUCUACCGUUUGCUUCGGUUUCCUCGUCCUACGCCGUACACGGUGAGCUGUUUUCUCCGAAGAGGGGCGCUGAGUAGAAGUUCACCCGUGAUCAUCGGUCAUAGAGGCUGUAGUUUGGAAGCGCCAGAAAACACUUUGGCGGCAUUCAAAUUAGCGAAAGAAAACGGAGCUCAAGGAGUGGAAUUUGACUUGGACUUUACGAAAGAUGGCGUACCAGUAAUAAUUCAUGAUUCAACCGUAGACCGCACAACAGAUGGACACGGUAAAGUCCGCGACUUUACUUACGAAGAAAUUAGAAGACUGAACGCCUCAGCAAAACACCCCAAUAGGGAAAAAUUUCCAGAUGAGCGUAUCCCAUACCUUCAAGAAGUUGUAGAUCUCUGUGUGAACCUUGGUUUACAAAUGUAUAUUGAUGUGAAAGCAGCAUCACAAGCUGGAAAAGCGGCAAGUGUCCUCAAAAACUUAUUUGCAAGUCACCAGCUGUAUGACAAAGCUAUAGUUUGCUCAUUCUAUCCAAAUGUAAUUUUUCAGGUACGCCGAGCUGAUCCAAAUAUUCUCACAGCCCUCACAUGGCGGAAAAUGUUUAUAUCCCUUACAGAUUAUUGUGGUCCAUGUAGAUACAAGGAGUGGUGGAAGCAACUGUUGGCCCCUCUGCUGGACAGAAUAUGGGAGCUUCAUCUUCACUCCUGGGUUUAUGACAUACUGGGAGUGUCUGUCUUUCUGUCUCAUACAGCGCAUUUCUCAAGAGAAUACCAAAGAGAAUGGCAAAACAAUGGAGUGAGUGUAGUUCUUUGGACAGUUAAUGAUCCUGCAGAGAAGGACUACUUUGGCAGAGUUCUAAAGUGCCCAAUCAUGACAGACUGUGUGGGGAGCAGUUCACAGCAGAGUGCUCCAUAAAUACCUGAUUUAUACUUAAAUGUUUCAACUGAAUGAUUGAAUUUUUACUUUUAACCCUUAAACUACAAAGGUCUGAUCGUUACUUUUCCCCUCUAGUUACCAUAUAUUUCCUUUUAAACUAGUUAUGAUGACUUCUACCUGAUAAUUUUGGGUAUUCUCGUUAGCUGUUUGCUGGAUUAUGUAUGAAUAUUAUAGGGAGAAGUUAAAUGUUAAUCUCUUCAGGGAGUUGAAGAGUUAAAAGCAACCUCUCUUUAUGGUAGAAUCUAAGCGUUAACACAACCUUUCAAUGGAAACAAAAACAAUUUGAGAUGCUGGGAAGUUUGAGGUCACUUAAAUUUUUAGAAAAUGGCUUCAGGUUCUUCUUCAGUGGAAGUUUGAGUUAGUAAGGUCCUUUUUUAUUUCCUGAGUUCUUUUUGAGGAUGCACUGAAACUUGAUUAUGUAAAUGGAAAGGAUUAGGCCUUCUGAUGCUUUCAACCUGCUUCUUUUCAUGUUUGCUUUUUAUUUGAUUUUCAAAUGUGUGAAGACUUAGAAGAGUUUACUUCAUAUUCAUGGUCAAUUGGAGAACAGGGGGUGGGGAGAGUAGAAUUGAUAGCAGAGGGGUGAAAUCACACCCACUUUGGGGAUACAGACUCUGGGAUGGGUGUGUGAGUCAUAGAAAAGCCUGCAAGGGAAGAAAUGCAUCAUUUAACCCUCUACACCCUAAAACCAGAAUGCAUAUUCUCCUAAUUGUUCUCUAACCAUUUUCUAAAGUGCUGAUAAGAAGAAUUUGUUUAACAAUCAAGAGCUUCUUUAGUUGGUGAUCAUUUCCUUUAUUCUCAUGACCUUACUGUGUGAUUGAGGUGUGAUAUUGUAAGGAGAAAUUAGAUGCUAAUCACUCCUAGGGGUCAAAGGGUUAAAUUAAUACAAGGAAGCAAGACUGGGUGUGAUUUAUUUAAGAAGUGAUUUAAAGCAAGUUAAAGAUUUCAUCACUGUUAUUGCAGCGAUGAAACAUUAUUUAUUGUACUUCUAAGACUGCUAAUUGCCUUAGCAAGGGUAUUCAUCUGUUGCCACAAGGCUGGUCACAAUUCAUAUAUCUAAAGUAUUUAACAGGGUUCCUAACCCAAUAUUUUUUUAAAGUCGCCAUUUGCCAACUGUCAAUUAUUAAUUGGUUGCAAAAAGUGUAAUCUGCCUGCUGGCAAUUUUUUUGAGAUUUGCCGAACAUUUAAACACUUAACACUUAAACUGGGUCACCCACAGAGGAGGUAAAUUUUGUAAAAGAAAUGGUUACAUGUACGUCACAAGUACCUUAAUACACACAGAAGUGGGUGUUAUUUUGAA